UCGUCAAGCGAAGAACAUCCUACUUGUUUAGCACUGAAUACCAACAGAAAAACAGAGAACCAAUCAUGGGUUGUUGUGCGAGCAGUCUGAAAUUGAAGGAGCUGAGCCUGAACAGCAGCAUUUACAUGGCAGCCGGAGGAUCUGGCAGUCGCUCCCUGAAGCGAUUGUACAGCAGUCGGAACAGCAGCGGCGUGGGCAGCAGCUCAUCCGCAUCCGCAUCCUCGUCCUCGAAAAGCUGGAGCACUUGGAGCCGCUCCAGCCAGCCCAUUUGCGAUGACUUUGCUGAGCAGCCGCAACUGGACAGAUCCUGUGGCUAUUACACCUGCAGCAGUGCCAAUUCGUCGCCUCGCAAGGAUCGGGAGGAUCACGAUGAAGAUUCGGAUGCGGGCAAGGAGGAGGAGGUGCUGAUGCGCACCCAGGACAUGAGUGACGGAUCACACACCUCCAUGGAGUCCAAUCGAACGGUGGGCAACCUGGAGUGGGAGAUGUUCAUGAUGCAGCAGGCGCAGCACAUCAUGCCCAAGACCUCGUCGCCCAUCAGCCUUCGUCGUGGCAAUGGCCAAGUGCCGGCCUCGUCCUACCAAAAGUGGCGUAACUAUCUGCAAUCCACACCGGCCCACAUGCUGCACAAUGUCACCCACAUUCCGGAGGCCAUUGCCGGCCACUUUUGCCCCACCGGCUUUCCCGGCUUCAGUGAUCUGGAGGAGAUGGAGAGUGCGGCCAAGAGGUUCAAGGUGGACGUCGGCGAGGAGGAGCCCAUGUACACCACCUACCAACUGCUGGCCGGGCACACGCACACCAUAUCCACAGACCUGUAAGUCAAUCUCACUAACUCCGCUUGGAUCGGACUUCUUGGGAGAUUGAUGGACCCAUAGACGUAAUCCCCGGCGAGGACUGGCAACAGGUGUGCCAGCUGUCAAACAGUUGGGCAAGCAAUCACUUCACCCACAGCGACUUCCAUUGCCCAGCAAUGCGAAAUCGUACAGACGAUUUUACAAAACUAUAUAUGGUAUAUAUAUUAUAUAGACAGAUAUUUUUUUCUUGUAUAUCAUACAACUUAGACUUAAG